GAAGUUCCCAUACUGUUUCUUUAAUUUUCACAUGGGGGUACAGCAGAACAGCUUAUUUGCAUAUUGCAAGAUGAUCUCGAAUGGCUCUCUCCGUGCACUUUGAGAGCGAGCAGCAUGACAAAUUUCACUUAGACCUGAUGAAGGCAAGCGUCAACAACCAUUUUAAUAGAGAGUACCAGUAUAACCAAGGUAACAGCACAUCAAUGCCGGGUGACACAGGCAACCAUCAAUCACUCCAUAUUGGUGAAAGGAGUAAACCACCAGGUUUCAAGAAUGGUCAGAUUACACAGAACAUAGAUCAGCUACAGGACAACAUACAGAACCUCAUGCUGCAACAGACCAGUGGAGGAGAUGCAUUGUAUUCACCCUGGUCCUUGGAUACUGAUUCUACUGGUGGUCCCAACAUAUCUACCCCAGCUGGGAAAUCAUCUGGGCUUGCUGGUCUGUAUGGCUAUGACCCCAACGACCCCCAUAGUCUUGACAGGAGUACUAAUAGUGAUAAGUUUGGACUGGGAAGCAGUACAGCAUCAAGUUCAGGAUUUAUUGAUGAUUUGGUGACAAAGAUUUUGGAGGAAGAUCAUUCUUUAUUCAGCUUGAACGAUCUGAAUGAAAGCAUUGGAGGAUCCAGGAACCAAUCAAAUACCUCAGAUGUAUUUUCAUUUGACAGUUCACCCGGCUUUGACUUUAGUAGUGUGUGGUCCAGUGAUGGCGCCUCUCCUAGUCUACCAGAGCCUGGCCGUAAUAACUCCCUGUCUUAUGGAAGCUUUGAGCUGGCUCCAGGCACCAAGACCAGCCUAAAGGAGAGAGAUCUGUCUUGGGAACUCAAUGGUAAAGACACCACUCAUGGCCACCAGCCAUCAGUUCCAGUCAGUUGUGACCAGUUCAAUGUCAGUAAACCUAGUCAGAAUGUGUUCAAGGGUCAGGCUAGAGAUCAGUUUGUACAGAAUCGUAGCAUGUCAGAUGUUGAACAGAGCUCCCAUGUGUCUCAAGCACCAAGCCAAGGAGGACGACAGCAACAUCAUAGUGACUCGUACUAUGAACAGUUAAAAGCUCAUCAGGAUUCUAACUUUGGUAGUCAGGAACAACGGCAUCAUUCCAGCUCAUUUUUCUCAGAGCCCCCUCCCAGUGUUAGUGGUGGUGUUUCCAAUGCAGGUUCAGGUGUUCCCAAUAUAGGCGUAGGUGUUUCUAACAUGGGUGGAGGUUUUGACCAAUGGAAUACAACAGAGCACACCCAGGCCAUCAUCCGCAAGCAGCUCAGUGAACAAAUGCAAUCAAAUUAUUCUAAAGAACGGACAUUUCGCCCGAUAAAAGCUCAGCCAGAGAUGUCCAGCUUUGAACGAGGGGUGCCUAUACAUGGUCGUGGACGUGGCAUUUUGAACCAACAGGGUACUCCACCUGAGAGAGAACCACAACCGGGGAGAGGUCGAGCUAAAGGUAUGGCACUCAACUUGAGUUCAGGUCACAGUAACCAACAUCAAAAUAACCACACAGUGUGGUCCAACCCUGGGACUCCUGUCUCCAUGGAAGGAACCCCUCCAAAGAAUGAUAUUCAUGGCGUAGCAAUACCUGGUGCAAAACUACCAUUCCCCUUUCGAGAGAACCACAAAUUCUCCUCUCAUGGCAACUCUCAAGAUAACUCUCCUACUGCUAUACAUGGCUCGGAGAAACAUCGUAUGCUGCAGCAUGCACAAGCUCAAGCUCAGAUGGCUAUGCGCAACAGGGGGACACCAACUAAUCAGCACCCUGUAUCAGAUUUUAAGCAUUCUCCAAAUGAGCAACAAUUGACACCAGAGAAGAUGCGCCAUCAACAAGGACCUGGAAUGAUUCCAUUGACAGAUCAUAUCGAUCCUAAUUCUCCAUUUGCCAAAGAGUUGUUCAACCGUUUAAGUCGAGGUCACUUAAGACAGGAGGAUGUAGUUCCCCAACACCUGCCUCCUCAAUAUUUCCAUCCUGAGCAUCUCAAGCAGCAGCAACAGCAGCAUCAUCCCAAUCUCAUUCCUACACAUCAUUCUCCCCACAACCACCCUGGUUUACCCGAGGGCUUUGAAUUCUACCCUGCGUUUGAUCCAUAUCUCAAUGGAAGAUUGAAUCAUCCCUUCUACGGCCAUCCAGCUGCGCAUCCAGAGAUGUUUUAUGAAAAUUUGCCUCCUCAGUUCUUUGGACUGCCUCACUUCAUCCCAGGCUUCAAACCACCAAGGAGGACAGGGCCAUCAAACGAACUACAUAUCAAACUAGAGGAAUGCUAUGAUCAAUUCAAAAUGCUUGAGCGAGAAAGAAAGAAGACUGAAGCUGAGCUGGCAAGGCAGAACCCUGGGAAGAGAAUCUCAAGUGCCAAUAACACAGUUAUCCCAAGACUGCCCUCUAACCCAUCCAGGGUUGACAGAUUGGUGGUAGAUUCUCUUAGAGAGCAUGCAAGGGUGACUACCCUUGUUGCCCGAAUGGAAAAGUUGCGCACUGAACCCAUCCACCCAAACAUUUACUCAGCUAUGGACAAAUGGAUUGAAGGCAUUCGCAAGGUACAGGCCAGGCGCAAAGAGGAGAUUGUUAAUGCAACUAAUAGGCACAGAAAUGGAGGACCCAGAUAUCAAGAGGAAAAGGAUGUGCUUGCCCUGGCAGCAGCUAUUAGUGAGCUUACAGAACACACACGUCAUGCACGUACUGCUGAGUGGUGUGGCCUACAGAUGGCAACUAAAUUGCUUGUGCCCAAUGAGAAUAAAGAGGGAGCCGCUGGACCUCCCGUGGCUUCAAUUGAGCAGCUUCAGGCGAGUUUACAAAAUGCACUGGUCCCCAAAGAGGAUGACCACAAUAAUAAUAGCAAAUAAUGUAUUCAUUGAUUCAUUGACAAAGUUGCAGAGACUCCUAUAGCUACAAUUAGAUUGGAAAUAGUUGGCACAUAGAAAGAGACAUAGUUUAAUGGAAAGGAAUGGAUCAAAAUAAUCCCCUUAGAAAGUUGGAGAUAUCUCGUUAUCUUACCUAUACAUAAGCAACUAUAUUCAUGUAAGCUAAUGAUAGUUAUUUAAUAGUUGUUUUAAUGUGGGUAACAUAAAGAAAUCUCUGCGAGGGGAGUGUGAUUGUAUAAUAAUGUAAUGUAGGAGUAGAGGAGCAGCUGGAUGGAGAUUAUUCUCGAAAUAUUGAUUGGUGCCAUGUAGGAUCAGGAAGAACUCUGUUGGAGAUUGAAACAAAACAAUUAUUUAUUUUAUAUAUUCUAACCAAAAAAAUAGUAAGAUAUAUGUAGAAAUGUUGCUGUUGAUAUUUAUUAUUAUUAUAUUAUGAUUAUAUAUAUUUUUGAUUAUGGAGUGUGAAUAUUAUAUUGGAUUAGUGUAGUGUAAUUCAUAAUGGAGAUUUUAUAGAAGGGGGAAGUGCACUGUUGAUAGAUGGCGCUGCUUGUCCGUCAUGUGUCUGCAGGACAGUUCCCACAUCUUCAUUGUGUUGUAGUGCAGAAUUGUUACUGAGUUAACUUCCAUGUCAUUUUUUAGUUCUGUUGGAAGGACAAACUUUGUAUUCUAUUGUAUAUUCUAGUUUGCCAAAUGAAUUGGAUUCUGUUAUAUGUAAUGCUGUCGCACAACAAACCCGCUGUGCAGCCUAAUUGGAAUUUUAACAGAGCCUAUCUUCAAUAUAUAUGAAUCGGUAGAAUGGUUCAUUUACAUAGAAGAUAAUGCUAUGAACCUUUGUAAGGUGUGCUCAUGGUUACAAUGGCAUUUCACAGAUUUUCUCAGGAAAACAGAAAAUUGUCUUAAAGUAUACAUUUCUAGCAUAGCAAGGUCAUGUAGAAAACCUCUUCCAUCGAAUUUGCCAAAACCAUAACCAUCAAGGUAUUGCGAAGUAUGCACUACUCUAGUGUUUUAAGCAAUAAUAUGCCUUUUGUAUGGGUGAAUGGGUCUAAUUGACCAAGGGUGUAUUUAAAAUGUAGUUGAUAUUUAAAUUGCAUGUGUUAACCAAUGGCUUGAUUAAAUCAGCACCCUCACAUUCUUCGAUUUCAAUAUUCUCAACUACUUAAUUAGUGCAAUUUUUACUCAUAACCAUAUAAGUUGUUGUAAGGUAAUGUUAAAGAAUAAUGCUAUGUAUCAUAUUUAUAAAUUAUUUGCAUUAUUAGCUGAAUGGAUUAUUUAUCAAAUAUUAUCAUAGAUGAAAUAUCUGUAUAUAUGAAUUUAACCGGUGAUCAAUGUUGAUUAAAGAUAGAAUUUCAGCUUAAUGCAGGGUUAGUGGUGUACCAGAUAUGAUGUUUCCAAGUGUUUGAGUAUAAUGGACCUGUAGCUACAUACAUGGCAGAUCUGCCUUUAGCUUAGCUGUAAGAGAGAAACAGUUAAAUUAAGAAUUUUCUGAUUAGAAGUGCUGUAUUUUGUUGUACAGAUAUGUACAGUAUGUAGCUGAAGGAAUCAUUGGGUCUGUUAACUGGAAACAUGCUAGAUGAAGGACAGAUUGAAUUGAACAUUUCAAAUCAUGAUCUAUAAUGUAGUGCUUUAACAUGUCUCUCUUAAAGAUUCUAAGUAUGGUGUUAUAGUGUGUAGAUAGUCUUGUAUUGCAUGCAAUGUACAAAUAGUUGAAUGUUAUUUAUAUUUAAUAUUGCCAGUGGCCAUUUUAGUGUGGGACGGGGGAUAUCUGCAACUUCCUAUUUUUGUUAUUUGAAAGGGCCUCUGUUGAUGUGCUCUGUGUAUAUGGAUGUUACUUGUAUGCCCCAUCCCAAGUGUUGUGCAAGUUGGCAUACACAAGAACAGAUAUUUACAUAUGUACCCUAGUUCCAAUGGCUAUAGUGAAAAAGCUCAGGGUUGUCACUCUUACACACUUAUUCUUAAUAAACAAUGAAUUAAGAAAUGAUUAACUCAAAGCUUUUAUACCAUGGCCUGAUAAUAUAAUGUAUGAACAGUAUAGGCUUAGAAGGAUUUGCUUAAGUCAUCCUGUGUCAAAAUGAUUAAUUAUUAAAUGCUAGUCACCAUGUCUGAAUAGAAUUUCUUUAGAAGAGAAAUGUCCAUUUUCUACUCACUGUAUAAUAAUAUGCUUGUAUUUAUAGUUCACAGUUUUAUUAUUAGUGUUACAACUGUCGUUGCAAUUUCUAUAUUAUAUAAUAUGUUAAUUACUAAGAGAUUCUAGGAUAUUCAUGUUUUUUUUAUUUAAUAUUGCCUGAUUUUGUAUGCUAAUAAUUUACGAGUGCUUUCCAAAUUGUGGAAACUCCUGAAUGAAACAAUGUUUAAAAAACAUGAAAAUCUCAGCAUUUUUUAACGUGAAAUUUUAACUUGUCUCAUUUGUAGUUUGUUUUAUAGUUUUUGUGUGGUUUUUGUGUAAGUCAGAGAAAUGAUCUCUGAUUGAAUGUUGCCCAUGUUAAAUGUGACAUGUUUUGGGAAUAAUGUAGAAUAUAUUCAGAAAUAGGGGAAACAGGGUUCUCAAAAGAACAAAAACCAAUGAGUACUAUGUCACUAUUUAGUUGUACAGUCUUCUAAUGAUUUCAAUGAAACAAAUGCACGAACUAAUUGUAAUGCAUGAAUUAUUUAUAGUCCAUGAAUAAUGUAUGUGAAGUAAUGGACAGUCUUGGACAUAGACUGCGGAAAGGUGUGUACCAUGGACUGUGGAAAGUCCUGUAAGAAAGACUGCUAACUGUUCUGUAACAAGACAGUUAACAGUCCUGUAAUGUAGACUAUUGCUCAAGAAGGUGCCUUUAAUCAGUGAAAUAAUUGUGAAAAGGCUUGAAAAUUGAAGUAGACUGUUUCCUUUUGGCCUUUAAUGAAUAUUGUAGAAAUAUUUCAAAACAAUCCAAUUGAAUUAUUUAAGUCGUGAGAAAAUCAUGAUCUUGGAAAACUAACUAUUUUGCUUCUUUGUACUCAGGUCUUUGUACAUGAACAGCUUGAAUGUUUUCUCAGUGAUUACUUCACAGAAUGAUAUUUGAAGUUGUGCAUGAAUGGAAAAAUAAUAUUCUAUUGUAUAUAAUUGACCCCAGUGUAAUGGGUGAUGUAGUUUAAUCAUUGUUUCACCGCCAUUUGGAGGAAUAUUAGUAAGAAAUAACCACUUUGUGAUUUUUUAAAGGCUUGCAUUGAGUAGUCACUAGGCUCAAAUAUAACAUGAGGCUAGUGCACAGUGGCAUUAGGAAUUUCUAAUUAGAUUUAGUCUGUUGAGGUAAACAUGGCACAUAAGUAGUGGCCUGUCAUUUAUGCCAGUUUAGAAGUAGCAUAAUGGUAUAAUAUUAUGCCUAUUAACAAACUCAGUACAUGAACUUGAAUCUCUAUUUAUUUGAUUUUUAAGAUGGUCUUUAAUGAGGCUAAAUGGAAUUAUGAUGAUUAUGAACUGAUAGUGGAACUGAAAAAAUUCUUACAUAGCAUCCCACCUGUAUAACAAAUGCCUGAGAUUUACUAGAUAUAUGAUUUAUGUAUCAUCUUAUAGCUAUGAUUCACAAGCUACUUAGAUAUAUAAAGUAGGUCUUAAAACUAGAGUAUUGAGAAGAUGUUUGUUACAUGAAAUGCAUACAUUAGCCUCGGGGCUGUGAAGUCAGGUAUUGAGUAGCUGCAUGAUUCACGAGUCAUGUAAAUUAGCCUCAGGGUUGAAAAGUCAAGUAUUGAGUAGAUUUAUAAUACACAAAGUAUGUACAAUUGACCCAAGGCUGGAAGUCAAGUAUUGAGUAGAUGUAUGCUGCAUGAUGUAUAUACAAUAGCCUUAGGGCUGGAAGUCAAGAUUUGAGUAGAUGGAAUGUAGAUGAUACAUGAAAUAUGUACAUCAGACUCAGGGUUUUUAAUACAGUCAAGUAUUGAGUAGAUGUAUGAUACAUUGAGUAUGUACAGUAGCCUCAGAGUUG